UUCUACUGUACACAAUGAAGCCGUUCAGCAGGCCCGUAUCAGGAAGCAGGAUUGAGUUACAGUGUACCUGGAUAACGGCGCCGAAUAAAACCCGGAACCCUCCCAAAUCUGGAACACGGACUGAGGUAUAAUUUUAUUUAUUUUUAGUUUUUUUAAGAGCUGUUCCGGGUUUUACUCGGCUCAGUUAUCCAGGAAACUCGAGUCCUGCCUUCUGAUACAAGUCCUUAGAACUGUUUGUUUUCAAUAGACCUAACUGUGCACUGUUUUUUUAAUCCAUUAAAUUGCAUCUCAGGGGGCAGAAUGCUAGCCUUGGGUUCUCAAUUGAUGGUCAGAUUUAACAGGAUCUGAAUCCAAACAAUCAAUUCGCUAUGCUCUGGCUUUAGACUACACUAACUGCACAUUUAAAUAAUUGUAUUAUUUACUUUUGUUUUUUCCUACUUGAUCGCUGCAAAGUGAAACUCUCUCUUCCCGCAGAGAGGACAAAGUGGGCAUUUAGUGUUCACAUUCACUUUCACUUACAGCUGCCUGUAGCUGGACAUCCUGAAUAUGCUGAACACGACCGUGAAUCCAGACAGUGAAUCCAGUACUAGGCUAUUUCUUUAAAAUGACUCAAACAACCCCGGUCGAUAAUUGACAGCCAUUAUGUUAAAAAUGUUUUUACAAAAAAAAAAGUUUCAUUGUCGAAGGUUCGUUUCCAAGCCAAGUAAUUACAUUUUGAUACAUUUUGUCGGAUUCAUGCGAGUCUGGGUAGCCUUUUGAGUUUCAGAAAAAGCAUUUUUACCCGAGUCAUCGAAAAUCCGACCUAACGCAAGACUGAAAAUCACGUUUGGGACAGCUGGGAAGCGAAAGUUUUUGUAAGCUGUUCUAUCUAAGCCUAUCUAAGUAUGACAGCAUAACCGCAUUUGCCGCGCGUAUUUUGCCCAACUGGUCAGAACUGCGUCAGACUGAGAGGUUAGAGGCCGCGGGCAAGAGCCCGACCGGCGAGCUGCUCUGGUCCUGGGCCCAGAAGAACAAAACCGUGGGAGACCUACUCCGGGUCCUGAAGGACAUGGGCCACGAGAGGGCGCUCGACGUAUUGAGGACAGGAGGUUUUAAGCCCGUGCCAACAGAAUGGCCGUCGCAUUGUGCACACGUUUUCCAGAAGCGCUCUGAUGGCGAGUCACGGCACGAGCAGCUGCGCUAUUCUCCCUGCGCCGCCAGCCAAGGAUGUCCCCUGAAAGACACCAUCACGUAUCGGGACGUCAAAGAGGGAACUCACAACUUCCACCAGAACUCGAGGAUUUGGGAGAGCGCCUUUUCCGAGGUGUACAAAGGCACUAAAGGAGACCAGACGUUUUCAGUUAAACUGUUUAAGCAGGAGAAGAAUGCCUCUUGGAAGAAACUUUGGAACGCAUUCAGGACAGAAAUGGAAGUUCUGCACCACAAACAGCAUCCGAACAUCCUGGAGUUGUGGGGCUGCUUUUUGGAAGGGGACAGGUACUGCCUGGUGACCCCUUUCCUUCCCAGAGGCUCGCUCUUCCAUCAGCUGCACGAGCAGCAGGGGGGCGUGUCCUUGUCCUGGCAGGACCGGCUGAACAUCAUCAAAGGCACGGCGAGGGGUGUGGCUUACCUGCACACAGCCCCGCCCUGCGGCGUCAUCUGUGCGAACCUGACCAGUCAGAACAUACUGCUGGACGAGCAGCUGCAGCCCAAACUGUCCGAUUUUGGGCAGGCCCGUCUGAGACACCUCCCUGUCACUCAGAGCUGCACCAUCACCCUGGAUACCGGGCCCCGGGGAACCCUGGGAUACCUGCCGGAGGAAUACAUCCGCGACGGCAAGCUCUCCACCGCGCUGGAUGUGUACAGCCUAGGGGUGGUGAUGAUGGAGACUCUGACUGGACUGAAGCCGGAGCUUGAGAACCCCAAACACGUCCAGCUGAGAGAGAUGUUGUGCAGAGAAGUUGAGGAGAGCGGGGGCACAGACGUCUGUCUGUCUCACCUGGACGUGGGGGCGGGAUCCUGGCCUCACGCCGUCGCGCUCCGCCUCUUCGGCCUCGCCCUGGACUGCGCCGCCAGCCGCGCCAAAACCCGGCCCGGCAUGCACAGGGUCCUGGAGGUGCUCAGCCAGCUGCUGCCGCUGCCGGUCCCUCCCCCAGACGAUCUCCCUCAACCCCUGGAGGACUGGCCUGCCGUCCUGGGCCCUCAGCAGGGGCCCGGGGCCCCCCACAGCCUGCCCGAGGAGCACAACGAACCCCAGAGCCCUGCCCCCUGCCCCGCUCCGCAGCCAGGGCCCUGUGAGUGCAGCCAAUCAGAGGUCACCUUCCUGAGUGAUGUCAGCAGAGGGGCGGGGCAGAACUGGCCCUGUGACCUGUACAGCAGCUGGCCGGUGCAGUGCAGCUGCACAGCCGAGGACGGACAGGAGUGUGAGGACUGCAUCUCCAACGGCUUCUCAGCUGCGCAGGCGCCGGCACCCACAGAUCAGUCAGCACACCGGUCCCUCAAACAGCGUGAUCAUGUGCGAAAUUCGGCCAAGGAGAGGUUCCUGGACAAAAUUCAGUUGUACAACAAAGGCUUGAUCGACACGGAGGAGCUCCUGUCCAUGAAGACAGACUGACAUUGAAUGAAAGUGCUUCAAGGCAUGAUGUGUAAAACAAGUGUGUAAGAAAUCUUUUGAUAAAAAAGUAAUAAUACAUUG